ACUUGAAGUUGUUGUAGUUCGGAGAGCAGCUGCUCAAGUCUCUGAACACUGACGGCGAUGGAGAACAUCAGACGGUUCGCGGUCGCUCUCUCCGCCGCCGUGGCCCUCGGGAUCGUCUCCAUAAUAUUCGUGGGAAUAUGGGUUUCUCACUACAGAGAUGGUUUAGCCUGGGACGGAGGAUCGGCUGAAUUCAACUGGCAUCCGGUGCUGAUAGUCAGCGGGUUUAUUUUCUUGCAGGGAAUAGCCAUCAUUGUGUACAGACUCCCGUGGACCUGGCAGUACAGCAAACUGUUGAUGAAGUUCAUCCAUGCAGGCUUACAUUUACUAGCCUUCAUUUUUGCUGUCAUAUCGAUGGUGGCCGUUUUUGACUUCCACAAUGCUGCCAAAAUCCCCAACAUGUACAGUUUGCACAGCUGGCUUGGCCUAGCAGCAGUGAUACUGUUCUGUCUACAGCUUGUUCUUGGAGUUGGCAUGUACCUGAUACCAUUUACACCUGCAUCAUGGAGAGCAGCGUUUAUGCCCCUCCAUGUCUACACUGGUCUUCUACUCUUUGGCAGUGUAAUCGCUGUAGCACUCAUGGGCAUCACAGAGAAACUCAUUUUUGGCCUGAGCAACCCAAAGUACAAGGACUCUCCCCCAGAGGCAAUUUUCGUGAAUGUUCUGGGAGUCCUCCUGGUGCUUUUUGGGGCUCUUAUCCUCUGGAUUGCCACUCGAACCUCUUGGAAACGCCCAAGUGACCAGAUCCUGCAUACUCUGCAUACCAAUGGGGAAGGUGACGAAGGCAGCAAAAUCGGUCCAGCCUUGUCUGAGCUAUCUGAUGGAGCUGACGCUGAGCCCAGUGGGGAUGUCAGAAGGAGGAGUAACAAAUUAGAGGAUCAGGAAAACUGAUUACAACAUAACUGACUAGGAGUCAUUACUGUCUUCAGUGUUGAAUGUAUGUAUAACAGGUCUACAGUGGUCAGAUGAGGUAAAAACUAAGAAAUCUAUUUAUCCUUAUCGUUCCAAAUAUAUACCUUUCUCUUGUGCUCAUUGAGGUAUGUGUUUCAUUUUGUUUGUAUUAGUUUUCUCUAACAUUUAUUGCAAAUAAUGGUGAGCUACUUUAUAACAAGAUUCAUGCGAUGUGUGAAUACUCUUUGUUGACAUACACUGUGCCAAUAAUCAUUAUAUAAUAAUUUUUCUACACUCUUAAUCCAUUUGUAUUGUCAUAUCUGGGUUUUUUUAUGUGUACAGAACCUACAUUUUACAAUAAAUAUUUGCAACU